CUGACAUUGCCUUGAGAGGUGCUGGAGGCUCUGCCAGCACUUGCCGAGAGGGGGUGGGGGAAAGUGUGUCAGGCAGCGCGGCAGCCGCAGCCUCUCCUUGCGCUCAGCCCCGCUGCCGCAGCCCGGGGGCUCCCUGCGUUGCUCCCCCCAACACCGGCUGCCUGCAUUUCGUCUGAUCUCCCCCUUGUGCUCUUCUUCUUCCGCUGCCUGAAAUGCCCAUGAAGGGCAGAGGCGGGCCGGCAGCUCCCCCGGGGGCUGUCCCCGCCCCGGCCGUGAGGGACCGUGAGGGGUCGCCGGCCGUGAGGGGCCGUGAGCGGCCGUGAGGGGUCGUGGGGAGCCUUGAGGAGCCUUGAAGGGUCCUGGGGAGCCGUGAGGGGUCGCCCUCCUGCCGCCCUCCUGCCACCCCCCGUCCCUCUCAGUCGCCUCCUCUCCAACCGGAGCCUCGCCGGCCGGUCGCUCCGAGCCGGGAUUUCCAGCUCCAGCGCCUUCAUUUUCCUAUCGCUAGCACCGGGGAUCCCCACUACAGACGUGUCUUUCUAAAGGAUCGCAGCGGCUUUGGGUGCCUGCAAACUGGAGCCAGGACGGUUUCUUUCUUUUUCUUCCUUUCGUUCCCGGGCCGGGGGGCGGCGGGGAGCGGCAGCUGCGGGGCGCUGGAUGAUUUCCUAGGCGACAGCAGGCAUGCUCUGUGGGCUGAAAAAGGACUUGCAGUCAGACUUUGAUGAUGGCCCUUACUCAAAGGGCAGCAAGGACCCCGGCGGGAUGGACGCAGCCCUGGUCUCCAGGAGGCAAAGCAUCCCAGAAGAGUUCAGAGGGGUCACCAUCGUGGAGCUGAUUAAGAAGGAAGGGAGCACCCUUGGGUUAACCAUUUCGGGCGGCACGGACAAAGACGGAAAGCCAAGGGUCUCCAAUCUGAGGCCGGGAGGACUGGCAGCAAGAAGUGACCAGCUGAACGUUGGGGAUUACAUCAAGUCGGUGAACGGCAUUAACCUGACCAAGCUGCGGCACGACGAGAUCAUCAGCCUGCUGAAAAACGUGGGCGAAAGGGUAGUGCUAGAAGUAGAGUAUGAGCUGCCGCCAGCCGUGCCAGAGAGCAGUGCUGGCAUUAUUCCCAAGACCAUUGAGGUGUCCCUCUACAAGGAAGGCAACAGCUUUGGCUUUGUGCUAAGAGGGGGAGCCCACGAAGACUGGCACAAGUCCAGACCGCUGGUGCUCACUUAUGUGAGGCCAGGUGGCCCAGCAGACAGGGAAGGGUCCUUGAAAAUUGGGGACAGGCUGCUGAGCGUUGAUGGGAUUCCUUUGCACAGCAUGACCCACGCUGACGCCCUCAAUAUCCUGCGGCAGUGCAGCCAGGAGGCACUCUUCCAGAUAGAGUAUGAUGUGACCAUCAUGGAUACUGUAGCAAAUGCGUCGGGUCCUCUACUGGUUGAAAUAGCAAAGACUCCAGGAUCUACUCUAGGGAUCACGUUGACGACAACCACGCAUCGGAACAAGCAGGUCAUUGUCAUUGAUAAGAUCAAGCCGGCCAGCGUGGUGGACAGAUGUGGCGCAUUGCAUGUUGGUGACCAUAUUCUCUCCAUUGAUGGCACGAGCACAGAGCACUGCUCCUUAUUAGAGGCAACUCAGCUUUUAGCUGCCACUUCAGAAAACGUCAAGUUGGAGAUAUUACCUGUUCACCAAAGCAGGCUGCCUUUGAAGCCUCCAGAAACAGUCAAGGUGCAGAAGAGCGACCACCACCACUGCUGGGACCCCUGCGUCAACUACUGUCACACCCACCACCCCGGGCACUGCAAGACGCCCACCUGGAACCAGACGUCCGGACAGGAUUACUGCAAAUCUCUGGUGGCUGCCAACUUCUCAUCUCCCACCAUGAAUGUGCAGGGCUUCCCCUGCCAGAACUCCAACACGCUACCUCGCAGCUCCCACCCCAUGAGCCCCCGCACCACCAUGCUGAGGAGGAGGCAGAAGAAGAAGGAGCACAAGAGCUCAUUGUCGCUGGCCUCCAGCACGGUGGGUCCUGGUGGGCAGAUAGUCCACACAGAGAUGACGGAGGUGGUGCUCAGGGGAGACCCUUUGAAUGGCUUCGGACUUCAGCUCCAGGGAGGCAUCUUUGCUACCGAAACCCUGUCCUCCCCACCUCUCGUCCGUUUUAUUGAGCCUGACAGCCCGGCAGAGAGGUUAGAGACCUUGCCCUUGGAUGCUGAUGGUGCUGCUGCUGACCAUUUCAUGGUUUGGUGUGGGCUGCUGCAGGUAGGAGACCGAGUCCUUUCUAUCAACGGCAUUGCGACUGAGGAUGGGACUAUGGAGGAAGCUAAUCAGCUUUUGCGGGAUGCUGCGCUCACGAACAAAGUGGUGCUGGAAAUUGAAUUUGAUGUUGCAGAGUCUGUCAUACCCAGCAGCGGCACUUUCCACGUUAAAUUGCCCAAGAAAAGAGGUGUAGAGCUUGGAAUUACAAUCAGCUCUGCGAGCAGAAAGCCUGGGGAGCCUUUGAUCAUCUCUGACAUCAAGAAGGGGAGUGUAGCGCAUAGAACUGGCACCUUGGAGCCGGGAGACAAGCUGUUAGCCAUUGAUAACAUCCGACUCGACAAUUGCUCAAUGGAGGAUGCUGUGCAGAUUUUAAGGCAAUGUGAAGACCUGGUCAAAUUGAAGAUUAGAAAGGAUGAAGAUAACUCUGAUGAACAGGAGACGACCGGUGCUAUUAUCUACACGGUGGAACUGAAGCGAUACGGUGGGCCCUUGGGAAUAACCAUCUCUGGGACAGAGGAACCUUUCGAUCCCAUCGUCAUUUCAGGCUUGACAAAAAGAGGGCUGGCAGAAAGGACUGGAGCCAUCCAUGUCGGUGACCGAAUAUUAGCAAUUAAUAACGUGAGCCUCAAGGGCAAACCGCUGAGCGAAGCCAUCCACCUGCUGCAGAUGGCAGGGGAGACAGUAACUCUGAAGAUCAAGAAACAGACGGAAAAACCCUAUCCGAAGAAGUCUGGGAGUAUAAAUGAAGUGAGUGACCCUGAAGAUGAACUGACGGACUCCCAGAAAACUAGCAAGCUCUCUGAGAUAUACUCAACCACAAUUCCUAGCGUGGACAGUGCUAUGGAGUCCUGGGAUGGCUCCGGCAUUGAUGCUGGGUAUGGAAGCCAAGGUACGUACAUACCUCAGGCUGCGGGCAUUGCCCUUCAUCCACACGAAUGGAGACACAGCAGGCAAAAGAGCAGCACCCCCCCUGGGGACCCCAGGAAAAACUACCCCUACAUGGAUGGAAGCUUCAGUGAAGAUGACUGGGACAAGCCCAGCAGAUACCCCAACCGCCAAAAUGGCCUUGAGACCACUCAUGAGGAUAGUUUUUGGCGUGUUUUUGGAGAAGCUUUGGAGGAUUUGGAAACAUGCGGCCAGUCUGAACUUUUGAGGGAGAUUGAGGCGUCCAUCAUGACAGGGAGCGUACACAACCUGGGCCUGGAAGGCAGCAAGCUGCUCCUGGACUCUGUCAACCCAUCGGGACUGAGCCCGUUGAGGAAAGCCAACACUGGCUGUGGUGACGGACAGACUGAGGGCAGCAGCUCCCCUGCCAAGAAGAACGAGAGGAACCUGGACAUGAAGAAGAUGGAGAAGGAGAUGCAGGAAAUCAUGUCCCCUACCCCCCUCGAGUUUCACAAGAUGACACUCCACAAAGACGCAGAGAGCGAAGACUUUGGAUUCAGUGUGUCGGACGGCCUGUUAGAAAAAGGUGUCUAUGUAAAUAUGGUCCGGCCGGAUGGGCCAGCAGAUCAGUGUGGCCUCAAGCCAUAUGACAGAGUGCUUCAGGUAAACCGCAUCCGAACGAGAGACUUUGACUGCUGUCUGGCCGUCCCCCUGAUCUCAGAGGCUGGAGACAAGCUGGACCUGGUGAUCAGCCGAAACCCCUUGGCGCUGGCUGCCAACGCUCCCCUGGAGGGGAAUGGAGAGCUGCCGGCACAGGCAGCCCGUGGCGCCGAGCUCAAGGCGAGUGUCCAGACACUCUGAGCAGCCAGCGCCGGGGGCCUCUGCCAAGCCGUUGCGGUAUUUGGGGUGUUUUUCCUGUUUUUUUUGCACUGGUAUUUGUAAACGCUGUGUGUACCAUAACAUGCAAGUGGGGAGGUGGGUCUUCAGUGAACUGUCGCUUGUAGACUGCCAAAAAUUGCUGGGAAAGCCAGAUCUGGGCAUGCAUCUUGGGCCAUGGGCAGCGCAGGUGAUGGGACGAGCUGCUGGCGGGACGAAGGAGCAUCCCUCGCUGUCCCCCGUGGCAGGGCAUCCCCUGUCACCCUGAAGGCCUUGGCCAUCCUACACACACAUGGUGCUAUUAUUUUUCUUGUUUGUUCUGUUAAUCACAUACAGCAAGACUGAAACGCCUUUCCUUUUCUGUUGUACCCAGCUCCACCCUUAAAACACUCCUGAUAAAUUUAUUUCCGCAGCCCCUUUCACUUUGGUGCGGGGCCAUGGAGGGCCCUGUUUAAAAGACAUUUCAAAAUGCGCUUGAUGGUGGCUAGGUGCGGUUCUUGUUCAAAAAUCAGGAUUUGCAGCUGCCUCCUGCCAGCCCCUUCCAUCCUCUCCCAUCAGAGCUGGCUCACCCCACCACCCGCUGCCCUGCAAUGAAGCAGCUCCUCUCACCAUCGCUUCCCCUGAGCAAUGCAGCGGUUAUACAGAGCACAGUGCUGUGCCCAAGGCUGGAGGCCCUGAAUACCUACCCAAAUCCCUGGCCACCUCGUUCAGAUGGGCAUUAUGGAGAACUGUUGCUUGCAAACUGUGCCCCCAAGUAAAUAGCAGCAAAGCAAUCAUCCCAGGGCUGUCCCCUGAUGUGCUGAAUUAAUAAAACCUUGUCUUCUGCCAGGCAGUGGCAUGAGAAGCUAUUUGUUAGAUGGAGAUUGUGCAUCCGUGUCCCCACCUGUGCUGGCAGUGUGUGUGCCCAUGUGGGUUCGGCUGCUUGCCCUUGGUCUGCCCCUUUGCCUGUCGCUGGCUUCUCCGUGGCUUCACAAGCAUGGUGCCCCCUGGCUUGUUCCUCCCUGCUGAGUGCCCCCAGCCCAUGGGGAGGAGACAGCUGAGAUAUUUGCAUCGGCUUCCUCAUCUGCCUGCCAGGACGGAGUGAAAAUGCAGCCGUGGGCUCUUCUUCCUCCUCUCCCAGCCCCACGAGUUCCUCCCGCAGCAGACGCUCUGUGUUUCGUGUACUAGCACUUUAUGAUGAUGUUACUGUCCCGGCACGGGUGUGAUUCUGGCAUCGCAUUCCCUGGGAAGGCUCAGGCAUGGCAGAGAUGAGGAGCUCGCGUGGUUGGGGACCCACAGCCCCAGUGACCACUGCCCCCGUUCCCUGCUCACACUUUUUGUUCCUUCAUCACCACCCUUGUGCUGGUGCUGUGUUCGGGGUGCCGUAGGGGUGUUCGCGGCAUGUUCCUCGUUUUGCUGAGCCAGGACUCACCCCCGCAUCCAUCCCCACUCCGUCCCUCCGCGAUAGCCCGACGUAUUGGGGUGUUUCUUUGAGACCUGUCCAGCCCCAUCCAGCUACUUGUCGUUGUAGCCAUUUUCUCUUCAAGUAUGCAAUAUCCCAUACCAUUGCUGCCACAACUAGAUAAUGUGCCAUAAUUGAUACUGUGGAGCAUUGACAGUGCAGCCGAAAGUGUUUUUAUAUGCAAUAUUCUGAACAGUGGAAGCUCGCUGGGGCUUCUCAUAGGUUUUUAAUGAAGACUUUUAUUAAAGGCUUUAAAAAAAAGGAAGAAAAACUUGGUCCUUGUAUCCCUUCCUAUGCAUUUUGAAUGAUAUGAAGAUGAAAUGCAUUACUUAAAUGUGUAUUUUUAUCCAUAUAUUAGAGUGUAUUCCUUGUAAAGUAUUUUUAUAUGCUAAUUUUCUUAUGUAUCUAUGAAAGCACAAUAUUUAAAAGUACAGCAUUUCAAAGAAUAUUUUAGUCCUGUUUUGGACCUAUUUGUAAAUCUCUGUAUUUAAAUGGGAUUGCAAUGACUUUGACUUUCUUUUUUUUUAAUUAAAUAAAAGCAAAUGAAAUGCA